CGUUGUCUAUGCUCAAUAACCACCGAAUACAUACAUCCCCACGGUCGAACGUCGUCUAUCGACUAAUGUCAAUAAUAAAUAUAUGAGACGACUAAUAAAAAUAUUUACGUCAAGUAUCAUUACGCGGCGGAUGAGCGCCAUUCCGAAGAGGGUGAUCUUUUUUCCAAUAAAUAGUUUCACCUUCAAAAUUGUUAAUGGUUUCUUCAAGAAGGAAAAAAUCAAAUACCAAGAAAUUACGAAACUACUUAUAAUAAUGACGGACAAAUAAGGAUAUAUUGAGUGUACAAUACUACCUUCAGAAACGAUAUUUUAUUACCAAUAAAGGCUAAAUACUAUUUUACAUAUUAUUCUAAAAGAUGGUCUGAUUAUAAUGGUCUGACUGACUGUAAUAAUUUUUUACUAAAUAUAUGUUUGCAGAAAAUAUGUACAUUUUCAGAUUUGUUUUAAAUUGUGAACGAUUAGUAUAUAUUUCAAAACAUCUGACGUAAAGUUCUGCAAGCCGUAAGAUGUCACGUCUGUUCAGUAAUCCAUCUGUGAUUCUAUUAUCGAUAUUUUUCCAUGCUAGUUCUCGAUAUUACCAACUUUUGUUAUUUUCAUUAAUAAGAACAUCAUCAAAUUAUAAAAAGUAAUCAUGAAGACAACAACGGCGAUGAAAAAUCAAAAACUGAAAAUUUUAUUCACUACUUUUUAAACGUGUUUUUUUUUAAAUUUCAUCUAUCUUUUUUUUUAAUUUUACCUCUUACGUCUUAUUUCUUUUACUAUAAACUGUAAUCAUAUGUAUAGUACGUAUUAGUUAUGUUCAUCGAUAACUAUUUCGAUAUUCGUUAUUACUUACACCUGUUGUGAUUGCCAUGACGACGCAAUUCUUAUGCUGUUAGGAAGAGUUCGUGUAUUACAAGCUAUCAGUUGAUUAUAAUAAAAGUCGAUUCGAGUUAUUAUAAUAUUAUCUUUCAUUAUGUCCCUAAAAGAACUUGAAAUAUUUGGAAUAAUAGCAUUUGACGGUGUAAUAAGGAACGGUUUACGAUUACAUCCUGAUGGAGAACACCUUGUGUAUCCAAUGGGUAACAAAAUUACUAUCAAACAUGUAAAAACGGGUGAACAAUUCUUUCUUACUGGACAUAAGAAUUUCGUUUCCGCUUUAUGUAUUUCAUCUUCAGGCGAUUUGAUAGCUUCCGGCCAAAUAAACCAUCAUGGUUUUAAGGCAAUGGUUAUAAUAUGGGAUUAUAGAAAUCGUAAAAUGAAAUCUAGCUAUGAAAUGCAUAAAGUUAGAGUCGAAGACGUGUGUUUUACGGAAAAUGGACAGUAUCUUAUUAGUCUCGGAGGCAGAGAUGAUGGUCGUAUCAUAAUAUGGGAUAUUGAAAAUGGAACUCCUCUUUGUGGUACUUCUGCUGGAAACGAAACAUGUGGAAAUAUUAUAAUAAUUGCACGAGCUAACAUUUGUAAAACAAGUUUUAUCACUGGCGGCGACAGGAAUCUUAAAUUAUGGCGUAUCAACUCAAAGGAUCAAAAGUUAUAUGGGACAGAUAUAAAAGUUGGAAAGAUCAAACGUUCAAUUAAUUGUGCAGUUAUAGAUGAGAACGAUGAAAAUGUUUAUUGCGGAACAACAUCUGGCGAUAUCAUAAAAGCAAGGCUAAACAUUGAAGAAUCCGAGGAAGGGACUAAAUAUCCUGUAAUGAUAGGAUGUUACUCGAAGAUACCAACGAACAAGAGAGCACGCAUGAGGAACGCAAAUGGACUUCAUAUAGAAGUAUAUCCAGGUGGUGUGAAAAACUUGUUGCUUUUAAAGAAAGACAAGUUAAUCGUAGGUACCGGCGAUGGAACAGUCGAAUUAAUUGAAAUAAGGAAAGAUUUAAAACUUAAUGCAAAUAAAACAAACAAGUCACUAACCAUACCCGCUAUAGUAGCAUAUCGCACAACGAAUGUGUGUGCCAUGGUAACAUCCAUGAUCCGUUAUCAAAACAAUUUGGUAAUAGUAGGAACCGCCUUAUGUGAGAUUUAUGAGAUCGAAUUAUCAAGCUUUCAGAUGCGUUUAAUCGUCACUUGUCAUACCAGUUCGAUAUAUGAUUUAGCAUUUCCAAGCAAUAGUUCAGAGAUAUUUGCAACCGCCAGUAAAAAUGACAUACGAAUAUGGAAGUUGGCCACCCAAAAAGAAUUACUUCGAAUCACCGUGUCAAAUCUUACUUGUUCCAGUAUAUGUUUCAAUAGUAAUGGUGAUUCUAUAAUAUCGGCUUGGAACGAUGGUACGAUAAGAGGAUUUGCUUUGAAUGGCGGAAAACUACUAUUCGAAAUUAAUUGCGCUCACACAAAAUCUGUGUCAACAAUCACUAUUACCAAAGAUGACGAUAAACUGAUUAGCGGUGGUUGUGAUGGACAGGUGCGAAUAUGGAAUGCAAAAUCUGAAUUACGGCAUUUAUUGCAAGUCCUAAAAGAACACAGAGGUCCAAUAACGUCAUUACAUGUUUCACCUGAUAACAAGAGUUUGAUCAGUUCUAGCACAGACGGUACAUGUAUAUUAUGGGAUUUAAGAAAUUUCACGAGGAAGUUUAUGCUGAGUGGAAGCACAAUGUAUAUGGCAACAUGUUUUGUUCCUACCGGCGUUCAAAUUUUAACAUGUGGUACAGAUCGCAAAAUAGCUUAUUGGGAAACAUUGGAUGGUUCAUUGGUUCGGGAAAUUGAAGGUUCGAUGGCUGGGACCUUAAAUACUAUAAGUAUUAGUUAUGAUGGACAAUAUUUUCUCACUGGAUCAGAAGAUUCUAUUGUAAAACUAUGGGAAUAUCGUACCGCUAGUACUAUUCGUUUGGGUCUUGCACACGCUGCUGCCGUUACUCGUUGUGUCUUUGCUCCAGACAAUAAAUUUAUUGUUACGGCAAGUGCAGACGGUGCUAUAAUGCUUUGGGAAUACCCCUUUUCGGAAACAUUGAUUACACCGAUUAAAGACGAUACCAAACAACAUACGCUAGAACCAACAUCAGUAUCUUGCUCAUCGAAAAUGGAUGACGUGUGUGAACCAAAUUGUAAAUAAUACACUACAUAAACUGCGAUACACAUUCACCAAUUACUCGAAUAUCUCACAAUAAGUCAAAAUUAAUUGUCGAUAGAUUCGAUGACUAUGAUUCCACAUAGAAAGAUUCACAUAAUCACAUAAAAGAUUCGAUUAUAUCUUAUUUUUAAAGCGAGAUAUUUCACUUCUUUUUGUGAACAAUAUCAUUGAAUUGUUCUACACUAUCAUAAACGCAUUGUAUUUCACAUAAAACCUAUUAGUACAAAACGAUUCAAUGAUGCUAUGUGUGCAUACAAAUGGUGAUAGAUAGAAAGAACAAUUUUUUUUAUAAAUGUUCUUUUUUAAGAAUAAAUCAUCUAUUUCUUAUUUAACAUAUUUACUUCUUUCUUGUAUAAUUAUUUUUCAACAAGGAAGAGGAAACAAAAAGGAUUAGGAAGCAAAUAACAAAAAUAGAUCAUUUUCUAUAAUUAUAGUAAUAGUUAUAAUCAAUAUUUUAUGGUAUCUUUGCCUUAUUUUCUGACAUCCCAUGAAAUCUGUUACAUUAUCCAUGAUUAAAUUUGAAAUACUCAUUGAAUACUUAUUAAAUAAAGUUUACAUAUAAUACCUAAGAAAAUAAAUGAUGAUGAAAGUAUUAAAA